GGAGAAAAUUCGUGUAGAGUAUAGGAUAAUAAGAGAGUUUAGGUUCAUUAGAAAUAGAUCAAGUUUUUAUUUUUCUCCGAACAAAAAUUACUAAAAUGUAAAACAAAAUAAUUAAAUAAUUUUUUUUGAAUUGCAUCUUAUUAACAUAUGAAGGCAAAAAACAAAUCAUGAAUUUAGAUCACGUGAAGGCGUCACUGCAGCUCUAUUAUAUCAUUGUUCUGCGCCUUUUCUUUGUAUUUUCACCGAUAUUUAAAAUUUUGCUGUAUAUUAAGGAUCAUGAUGUUAUAAUAGAAUUAUACAAGUGUUGUGAUACUAUGAUAGAAUAUCUAUACUAAUAUAAAAUAUGCCGAUAUAACUUGUAGUAAAAC